AACACAUCACAUAGUAACAUCGCCACGCCAAGUGAGUCUGGUCGAGGUGUUGACAAACAGCUGGAUGCCAACCCGCUAGCCGAUCAGCAACGACAUCAAGGAACAGGCAAAAGGAGAAGCUGUCCGACAUCAAGGAACAGCCGAGGAGCGACAAGGAGAAGCCGUCCGGGCGAGCAUACACCUAGUACAGCCACAAUGAAGAACAAUUGAAGGAGCGGUUUCCCAUCAACCGGCGUGGCCAAGGUAGACGCACGGAUGUUGGCGAAGCAAUUCAAUUCCUCCAAGUUCGCCGGCGGCAGCGUUGCGGCCAUGCCUUGGAAACACGCCGGGGCUGGAAGAAGGAGACGCAUGCUUGAUGAAAGCCCGCCAUUCUCCAUGCGCAGAUCUCCGCUGAGGCCUCGCCGGCUUGAGGGAGGGGAAAGUACAGAUCGAUUUCUUGAUUUUAGAUGGAUUUGUUUUUGUCAAGAAAAAAUUAAGUGGGGCCAGCAACAUGAGGGCCGUUGGAUGCAUACGGGAGCACGGAUGGGAGCAGCCGAGCGGAGCAGGCAAGCCCCGUCCGUGCGCCGCCCCCUGAAAACCAAUCCCUGCGGUCUGCGGCGUCAAGCUUUCCCCCCACCACAAGGAAACUACCAUCUCAAUUUAAUAAACUCCCACAGCUUUGAGGCGGCGAGAAGCAGAGCCGGAGGAGGAGGCCACAGCUUUGAGGCGGCGAGAAGCAGAGCCGGAGGAGGAGGAGGGGAAUCGGAGAAGAUGGUUAUUCUCGUGGUAGCGACGGCGUCGGACCCGGCGUCCAUCGGCCCCGCCGCCGCGUUCCUGGCCAUGCCUGGCUGGUCCCCCGGCCCGCCCAUCCCCGAGGGGAUGGAGAGCUUUACAAAUGGGAAUGUUAGGUUAUUGAAGCAUGAACGCAGCAUUGUUGCAGAGGAUGAUCUUGACCGUCGGUGGCAGGAAGCCACUGGAGAGGCUGUUUCCGAGGUCAUAUUCCUCAGUAAACACACUGCAGUCUCCAACCGCCCUGCACUCACUGUCCAUCCAAUCGGUGUGCCACAUCUGAGGGAGGAUGAGACCCCCCCUCAAGGUGGGAGGCCUGGAUGGGCAGCGGUGCCAAACCCUCGAAUUGGCCCAUGGUUCCGGUUGAUGCAAAAGGUUGCUGCAGACCAAGGUCUUGUUCCAGAGUUUGAGAUUACACUUGAAGCUACUCACCAUGGACCACUUACCAGUACACCCACGAUGUUUGUUGAGAUAGGAAGUACACAAGAAUACUGGGGUAGACAAGAUGCUGCGCAGGCCAUUGCUCUAGUUCUAUGGAAAGGUCUUGGUCUUGAGGAAGGAAAUGCUGUUGGAACUUGGCUGGGGAGUGGUGAGAAGGUUCUACUAGGUAUCGGUGGUGGUCACUACGCCCCUCGUCAUACGGAUAUUGUCAUCAAAGAUGGUGUCUGGGUGGGUCAUCUCCUGUCUGGUUACUCUUUGCCAAUGGACGCUCCGCCUCAAGUAAAUGGAAAGAGUUCUGGUGAGGUUGGUGGUAUGUGGAAGCAUUCCAUCAAAGUUUCGUAUGAAGCCACAAAGGCAGGAUUUCCUGGUGGUGAAGUUAUAGCACAUCUUGAUCAGAAGAGCUUCAAGGGGUGGCAAAAGAACGCUAUCACGAGCUAUUUGCAGGAGCAAAAUAUCAGGAUAGGGAAACCCAAUGAUUUCCUCUGCACAAAAACUUGACUGCGCCCACAAGGCAAGUCGUCGAAGUGACUUCACCCUCCCUAGGGCUUGGCACAUGCAAAUUGAGUAAAUAUAGAGCACUGUAUUUUGAUAAUCCGAUUUCAAGAUGUAGAGUACUCCCUCCCCGUUCGUCUUAGAAGGCCUCUCUUGUGCCAAAAGAGAAAAAAACAGGAAUAUACUACUCCCUCCGUCCGGAAAUACUUGUCCUAAAAAUGGAUGUAUCUAGACUUAUUUUAAUUAUAGAUACAUCCAUUUGAUCCAUUUCGAGGACAAGUAUUUUCGGACGGAGGGAGUAAGAGAGAGACAUAUCUUAAGGGCACGUUUGUCUGCCAGACUACGCGUGCUUGUGGUUCCAAGAGUUGGCAGGCAAAUGGGGCUAUCAUUA